AUGACAAAAUUGUCUCUGAUACUCAACGAAAUCCCUAUCCAGUCAUCUCUGCAAACGCUAGGCCCCCAGGAAUUGGCAGACCGAGAGUCUCCUUCCAGCUUCCAGAACCCCAUCAGUCAAAGUCUACUUGAGCUGCAUCUUUCUAAAGGGGGUAAUUUAUGCCAUUACUCUACCUCGCCAGGGACCGACACUAUACGAGGGAUUAAUACAAAUUUUGCGGACUUGACUUCACUCGAAAAACUCCUUCAACCAAAAAAAUUAUCUUUGAGGCACCGGAUGACCCUAGCCUUGAGUGCUGUAUCAUCUGUAAUGCAGCUAAGUCUUACUCCAUGGCUCGACUUGCCCUUGACAAGUGAGGUGGUUUACCUGGUCCCAGAAGAUUCAAGGAUGACCCUCGCUACAUUACAGCCUUUCAUCAGACAGAGAUUCAUUGCGAAUGCCACUGGAAAACCCCCGCACAAUAAUAUCAGGCAGACCAUGUUGGAGCUUGGCAUACUCUUGCUCGAGCUCUGGCAAGAACAAACAUUGGGUUGCUUUGCUGCUGAGAAUAAAAUUCCCAUCAAUACCCCAGCAUCUCGGUACCAUGCUGCGUGUGAGUGGGUCAACCUAAGUAUGGAACACAUCAUUCCUUUCUAUUUUGAUGCGGCGAGAAGGUGCAUUGAGUGUAACUUUGCUUCGAGCCCUAAGGGCUCCGCAAGUUUUGACUGGAAAGACCUAGUCUUUCGGAAGUCAGUGUGUGAACACGUUUUGAGGCCUUUGUUGGAGGAGUGUCGAGCUUAA